AUGAUCCCGGCGGCGCACGAGAAGGCCACAAACGCCGUCUGCGACUCCUCGAGCGACUCCGGACAGUGGCGCUCGACGCGGUCGCCCUUGGCCAGCGUGAUUCCUCGUCCUCCGCGACACAGGGAGCGCGCGGAGGCGGCGCGGCAUGCCACUGAGCUGCUGGCGGAGAUCGAGGCGGAGGAGGAGGCGGAGGAGAGGCGGAGCAAGGGCAAGGGCAAGAAGAAGAAGAAGAAGAAGAACAAGGGCGGCGCGGCUGACGCAGCGGGGCCGUCGCAGGAGCCCGAGGCGACGGAAGCGGAGGCGCCCGCGGCGGCGGAGGAGGCGGAGCUGGCAGCGGCGCUCGAGGAGAGCGUGAGGGUGGAGGGCGAGGCGAGGUACACUGCGGGGGAGCAGGCGCCGGUCCCGGAGGCUGGCGAAGCGGGCGUGGCUUCCGAGGCCGCACCGUCCCCAAGCGGGCCGCAGCCGCCGCCCGCAGCCGUCUCGCUCGCGGACGCCGGCUUUGACACGGGCCGGCCGGCGGUCCCCGAGUCCACCCUGGGCGGCGAGACCACGUGCAUCGUUUGCUUCUCCAACCCAAAGUCGCACGUCGCGGGGCCGUGCGGGCACUUGUGCGCUUGCGGCCCCUGCUCCGCCAGGAUGGAGUCGUGCCCCAUCUGCCGCGCGCCCGUGCUGAUGUGGAUGCAGCUGCGCGUUGCCUGA